AUGUCUUCCAAAGUUGAACGUAUAUUUGCUGGUCCCGCUUUAAAAGUGGGAAACUUCUUAGACAAAUUCCCCAAAAUUUACAAUGUUUGGUUCAUUGCUAGUAUUUCCACCAUUGCUGGUUUAAUGUUUGGAUUUGAUAUUUCAUCAAUGUCGGCAUUUAUUGGGGCAAAGCCAUAUGCUGAAUAUUUCAACAACCCUGGAUCUACUUUGCAAGGAUUUAUCACUGCUGCUAUGGCAUUGGGCUCUACUUUUGGCUCUAUUGCAUCAUCAUUUGUUUCUGAACCAUUUGGUAGAAGAUUGUCGCUUUUGAUUUGUUCUUUGUUUUGGAUAGUUGGUGCUUCAAUCCAAUCUGCUUCUCAAAAUACAUCCAUGUUGAUCGCUGGUCGUAUCAUUUCUGGAUUAGGUGUUGGUUUCGGCUCAUCAGUUGCUCCAAUUUAUGGCGCAGAGAUCUCUCCACGUAAAAGAAGAGGUGCAGUUAAUGGUCUUUUCCAAAUGUCCAUUGCUAUGGGAAUCAUGAUUAUGUUUUACUUUUGCUACGGUGUUGGUCACAUCAAGGGAGUGGGAAGCUUCAGAGUUGGUUGGGGAUUCCAAAUUGUUCCUGGUGUACUCUUAUUCUUUGGAUGUUUCAUCAUUCCUGAAUCACCACGUUGGUUGGCUAAACAAGGUAGAUGGGAGCAAUCAGAGAUGAUUGUGUCAAAGAUUCAGGCUCGUGGUAACUCUGAAGAUGAGGAAGUUUUAAUUGAGAUUGCUGAGAUUAAAGAACAAUUGUUGAUUGACAAAGAGGCAAAGUCAGUUGGAUAUGCUACAUUGUUUAAAAAGAAGUUUAUUCUUAGAACUUUUACUGCCAUUUUUGCUCAAAUUUGGCAACAAUUGACUGGUAUGAAUGUUAUGAUGUACUACAUUGUUUACAUUUUCCAAAUGGCUGGUUACAGUGGUGAUGCAAACUUGGUUGCAUCUUCUAUUCAGUAUGUGUUGUUUGUUGCUUGCACAAUCCCCGCAUUGUUUUUCUUUGACAAGUUUGGUAGAAGGCCAGUGUUGAUUGUUGGUGCUAUUUUGAUGAUGAUUUUUCAAACUGGUCUUGCUGGUAUCUUGGGUACAUAUGCCGUGCCAUGGGCUGAUUCAGGUAAUCAAUCAGUCAAUAUCAAGAUCCCAGCAGAAAACAAGGCUGCUUCAGCUGGUGCCAUUGCAUGUUGUUACUUGUUUGUUUGUUCCUUUGCAGCCACUUGGGGCGUUGGUAUUUGGGUUUACUGUGCUGAACUUUGGGGUGAUAACAGAAUUUCCCAAAGAGGUAACUCAUCGUCUACAUGUGCCAACUGGGUCAUUAAUUUUGCCAUUGGAAUGUAUACUCCAUCUGGGUUUAGAACAAUUAGCUGGAAGACUUAUAUUAUUUAUGGUGUUUUCUGUCUCGCUAUGGCCAUUCAUGUUUAUUUUGGGUUCCCAGAAACCAAAGGUAAGAGAUUGGAAGAAGUGGGACAAAUGUGGGAUGAAAAAGUUCCAGCUUGGAGAUCAGCUUCAUGGACUCCAACUAUCCCACUUACUGGUGACUCUGAACUGAUUAGAAAGUUGAGUGUUGAACAUGUUGAAUAUACUGCAUCCAAGGAAAAGGAAAUUGUCACUGUUAACGAAGCUAGCUCGGCUGAAUGA